UCUGCCCAGCUGCUGGGGUGGUAGGAUGAGCCUGAGAGUCCUGAGGGCUGCCCAGUAGCCAUCUGGUACCAUCUCCCAGGAAUGAGGCAGAAAAUCAGGAGAUAACACCAUGGGGAUCACAAGGUCUAGGCCUUCAUGCUGCUAUUACAGUGAAUGCUCCGACUGUGGUAUCAGCAGGCUGUUCCGAAGCAUAGUUUACUUCUUGCAGUGGAAGAUUGAUUCUGUUGAAAGAAACUGGGAACGUCUGGAAGGGGAACCCAACACCAAGAUUGUGAAGGGUACUGUGACAAGCUGUGGGGACGACUAUGGCUGGAUCGAGAACUGUGUCUUCUUCAGCAUUGAUGCUAUGGUCAGCCCUUUGCGUGUGCAAGUCGGAGAUAAAGUCCUUGCAUUUGUGGAGGAAGAUCCACUAUCAUUUGACUUGAGAGCAACCGAAGUUUGUGUUUUAAUCGAAGAUGACAGGCCUAGAGAACCAUACUCCAAGAUCCAUGAAUUAUCCGUGUGUGUUUCCCACGUGAGGAAAGAUAAUAUCUGCCUAGCGGAUGAAUACUACUUCUAUCUGGACAGCAUUUCUAAAGCUAUCUUAGGUUUUAUGCCGUAUGAAGGGGAUUGGUUAGAUAUUGAGUAUUCUUUGGACCGAGGAUCAUCAAAGCUCACAAUACACUCAUUGAAGGCCACGAAGUGUAGGCGCCUGCAAGAGGUCUGCGUGACUAGUAUCCACAAACGACAAGGAGUGCUGAAUCACACCAUCUUUUUCACCUUCCGCUCACUGAAGUGCCCCGUGGGCUACACCCCUCUUGUAGGCCAUGUUGUCGACGUGGUGGUAGUGCAGAGCAUCCGGCCCAACUACAACUGGAGAGCAGUCUCCAUGACGCCAGUGAACAAGCUGUACAGCCUAGGGCCCUGAGAAUCCCUCUUCCAGUUACUCCUACAAGAAGUGGGGGGGGGGGGGCUCAGUUAAUACACACGCUUAUGUUA